GCGUUAAAAGAGAGAGAGAGAAAGCUUCUUCUUCUUCUGCGUUUCUGAUUUUUUCUUCCCCUGUUUUCCACUUUUUUUAUUGAUUCCAUUCAUACCAUGACCACCAAUCAAAUCGUCGACCUUGCACGCGCUUCCCGCCUUGCUUCUGUUAGCAUGCAGUCCGUGACGGACGAGCAAAAGAACGAAGCCUUGUUACGCAUAAAACAAGUACUUUCUGAACGACAGGAAGAGAUCUUUAAAGCUAAUGAGGCAGACAAAAAGACUGCAGAAGAGCAAGUCAAAGCAGGCAAACUAUCUGCAUCCUUGUUCAAGCGAUUGGAUAUUUGCAACGGUGACAAGUUUGCUACCAUCUUGUCUGGCGUAAGCGACAUUGUCCACCUCCCCGAUCCGACCAAGAAGGUAACGCUGGCCACCAAAUUGGACCAGGACUUGGAAAUGUAUCGCGUUACUGUGCCUGUCGGUGUGCUGUUGACCAUCUUUGAAGCUCGUCCCGAAGUCGUCGUCAACAUCUCAUGCUUGGCCCUCAAGUCCGGCAAUGCUGUUAUUCUCAAGGGCGGCAAAGAAGCUACACAGACCAAUGCAGUUCUUGCUCAGGUCAUCCAGGAUGCUCUGGCCAGUCUUCCCAAGACCAAUGGUAUUCCAAAGGAGGCAGUACAGAUUGUCGAGACUCGUGAGGAUAUCAGUGCAUUGUUGGAUCUGGACCGUUACGUGGAUUUGGUCGUGCCUCGUGGUAGCAACAGUCUCGUCCGUUAUAUCCAGAAUAAUACCAGAAUUCCAGUCCUUGGUCAUGCCGACGGUAUUUGCUCAGUAUACCUCGAUAAAGAAGCAGAUAUUACAAAGGCUUGUCGAAUUGCAGUGGAUUCCAAGACAAACUAUCCGGCUGCAUGCAAUGCUGCCGAAACGCUGCUGGUUCAUGCAUCUCUUUUAGAAGGCAACGAUAAGUUCGCAAAGGUCGCAACGGCCUUGUUGAAUGCGAAUGUGACACUCAAAUGCGAAGAGAAUGUCCGAUCAUUCCUCCAGUCAACCGUUUCUGCUGACCUUCAAGCCAAGGUUGUUGCCGCUGUCCCAGAAGAUUUCGACACUGAAUUCUUAGACCCUAUAAUGGCCGUCAAAUCUGUCAGUGAUGUCAACGAGGCAGUGGAGCACAUCAACGAGCAUGGGUCCAAACAUACCGACUGUAUCGUGACUGAGAAUGAGGCUACAUCCGAUUUCUUCACUACUCGCGUCGAUGCUGCAGGUUGCUACUGGAACGCCAGCACACGAUUUGCUGAUGGUUUCCGAUAUGGCUUUGGUGCCGAAGUGGGCGUUUCCACCAACAAGACCCAUGCUCGUGGCCCUGUUGGUUUGGAGGGUUUGGUGAUUUACAAGUACAAGAUCCGAGGCAAUGGCAACAUUGCUGGUGAGUACGGCUCCGGCAAGAAGCAGUACCUGCAUGAAGCCAUCGCACCCGAAAACUACAGCAUCUAAAGUUAGUUCACCCCUUACUUUUGCUCCUCCUCUUCCUCUUACCUGUUAGUUUACCAUCAGAUCCAUCCAUGCAAGCUGUAUAUGAUUUGCCUUCCUCCUCUCUCGCUCUAUUAUUACCCGACAAAAAGUAAAAAGGAUCAGUCAUCACGAUAUUUUAUGACGUGGUAUCAUAAUUGCUAUGGACUUUAUUGCUAUUAUUGCAUUAGGCAGUAUAAUACUGUAAUUAAGGCGCAUGUAUAGCAGUCUUGAACAAUUCACUUUGCACAGCAUCUAAAUAAUAAAUGUGCAGUAAUUAUGUGGCAUCAACAAUAAUCAGACAAACAUAUUACUGUAUAUAUGCCAUUACAGAUGCAAAUGGGUAAUAUUCAAGCAGGUCGUAUUGCCUCCUCUGCAGUAAGUAAUCGCUCAUAACACGUGAAACUU